GUCCAACGAAGCUCAACUCAACUAACUCUCAAGAAAUCAAUUCACUUCUCAGCAAAACACCAUGUCUUGCCAGCACAACGACCUCCCAGGCGACCCUCUCACCACCAAAAGCCGCGUGCUCGAGACGGGCGCCGGCAUGGUGCAGGACUUUGCGCCAGUCAAGAACAUCUGCGCGCACCUGAAUGCAUUUCACGUCUACGCAUCGGACAAGACCCGAUGUGUGGAGGCGAAUCACUACUGUUCGCAUAUCACGGAGGAUUUAAGACAAUGCCUCCUCUACGACAGCCCCGCCCCGAACGCCCGCCUCCUAGGCGUCGAAUACAUGAUCACGCCCAAACUCUACAACACGCUGCCCGCCUCGGAGCGCAAACUGUGGCACACGCACGAGUUCGAAGUCAAGAGCGGCAUGCUGGUGAUGCCUGCGCCGCGCGGCGUGCCGUCCUCUGUGUGGGAGGCCGCCGAGACCGCCGAGAUGAAGGACAUCAUCCCCCUGUAUGGCAAAACAUAUCACUUCUGGCAGAUUGAUCGCGGAGACGCUGUGCCGAUGGGCGCCCCUGAGCUGAUGCUUAGCUUUACGUCUGACGAGCGCGUCAAGGUGGCUAAGCCGGGUGGUAUGGCGGAGUUGUGUCGGGAGCGGGAUGAGAAGUUUGGGGUUGAUUGGAAGGCGAAGAGGGAGAAGAGGGCGGAGUUGGAGGGGACGGAGUUGCAUCCUGAUGCCGAUGCGAUGUGGGAGGAUAAAUAAGUGAUUUAUGUUAUGACUACUGUUGAUGAGAG